GUUCAAGCUAUGGUGGCGCUCCUUGGUAGGGCAGCGGGAAAUAGUAUUAUGACAUCUAGGUUUUGUGACUUUUGGUUGUCAAAAAAAAAAAAAACAAUUUAAUUGUUUACAGAAAUUUUUCAAGAAAUUUUAUGUUUCCCAAGAAUAAAAAGAUCAGAAAACAAUUUAACAAAAAUGGACGAACUCCUCGAAAAGCAAUCGAUUGCUCUAAAACUGCUCCUUGCAUUCCAGAUUACGAGAGAAAAUAAAUUUAAUAAAUUAUUCCCUCCGCAGACCCAUGGUGCAGAAUGCGAAGAGUGCUACAAAAUGGUUUUCUACACAUCAUGCCCUCGCCAGCAAUCAGGGUGGUAAUGUGUUUCAUGGAACAACGACGCCGACUAAAAGUACAACAAUUAUAGUAUUAGAUACUGCCAAUGAUACGCACUUUAAGUCCCAGUAUCAGUACGGCACAGAUGUUGCCUGUGAGGAACAUCAGACGCUAUUUGGCAGCAAAUCCCGGCAAAAGGUAUACGAUUGUGCUGCCGCAACAUCAGUUAUGUCAACCAAUGCAUUGGCUUUAUUGUUGCUUAAUCAGUUUAGAAGUGGUGCUCUUGAAAUUGACAUUGCUAAGGAACUAGACGCUUUAAGAAGUGUACUGAAGGGUCGUCGAGACCCACUCGUACCAGGACUGAUUGAAUUAACUUAUUAUUCAAAUACUCUAACGCCGAGUUUUGCCUUUGAAUUGAUUGUAUUGACAUCCCUCCAUACUCUAUUCAGCGACAAGCCAAAUGACGCUGGAAUCUCUCGUAAGCAUUUGCUCAAAGCUGGCCUUGAAAACUGUGGAGUAUAUCGCUAUGAAUUUAUUCUCAACAAAUUCACGCAAGUGUUGGACCAACUUCUUGAGUCGACAAUCAAUGAGUUGUUAAACAGAGAAUUUAUAAAGGGAAUCGAUACGAAGGAAAUGACAGAGAGUGAUGUGAUGUCCAAACGUCCAAAAUAAGACAAUUUCGAGCCAUUAAUCAAUCAAGAAAAGCCGGAACUUUUCAUCAAUCCAAACAAUCUUCGAGAACAA